AUGGCAAGCCUUGUUCGCGACUCAACAUUGGGAAACAUCAUACGAAUGGUAACUAGGAAUCGAUUCCUGAUAUACCCCGAAGAAUUAGAUGGCUUUGAACUCCGCCCUGAGCAAUUCCAGACCUCAGGUGAUGCUGAGAAAACAAAGCUACAAGCCGACUUAGAAAAAGGAAUCCUCGUCUCCCCAGAAGAUGAUCAAGGGCUAUCCGAAUCAGAUGCAUCAAACGAUGGCUACGAUAUUAUUGUUGGCUGGUAUGGAUCAGAUGAUCCUGAAAAUCCUCUCAAUUGGUCGUCUGUUAAAAAGACAUGGGUGACUUUGUUGAUAUCUGUUUAUUCGUUUAUCGUAUACUGUGGCUCCUCUGUCUUUGUCCCCAGUUAUGAGUUUAUGAUGUUCAGAUACGGAGUUUCAGAGGAAGUUGUUUCGCUUACCUUGGCAGUAUACGUCGUAGGAUAUGCUACUGGUCCAAUGGGCUUUUCACCUUUGAGUGAGAUUGCAAUUAUUGGUCGCAACCCUCCUUAUGUCUUCUCUUUUCUGCUCUUCGUUAUUGUCUCUAUUAUUCUCCCCUUCAUUGACAACUUUCCAGCUAUAGUUAUCCUACGAUUUUUUCAAGGAUUCUUUGGCAGUCCGUGUCUAGCUAGUGGUGGAGCUUCCAUUCAAGAUAUUUUUUCUUGGUCUGCGGCCCCCUACGGGUUCAUAUACUGGGUCGGUGGUUUCUACUGUGGCCCAGCAGUCGGGCCACUCCUAGCAGCGUACGCCGUUGCCACCAAUUGGCGCUGGCCAUUAUGGGAAAUUCUCAUUAUGUCGGCCCCAUUCCUGUUUAUUUUAAUUUCGCUGUUGCCCGAAACGUCUCAUGCAACUAUUCUGCUUCAUCGUGCCCAGCGCUUGCGUCGAAUUACUGGCAACUCAGGCAUAUAUGCCCCGAGUGAAAUGAAGAAUCUAAAUUUUAAAACCAUUCUUAUCGACGCACUAAUCAAACCCACCGAGAUUGCCAUCAAAGACCCUGCAGUGGCGUAUAUCUGUGUCUAUACCUCUAUGGUCUACGCUAUCUACUACUCGUUUUUUGAGGCUUUCCCAAUUGCUUACAGUGAGGCAUACAACAUGUCGCAGCAAGCUAUAAGUCUUCUAUUCCUUGCUAUCAUUAUUGGAUGCGUGAUAGGAGCCUGUCUCUAUGGUUCUUAUCUCAAGUACUCGUGGUUCCCGUACUAUAGGAGCCACCCUCCAACACAGGAAUCUCGCCUCAUCGCCGCAAUCCCUGCCUCGAUAACACUUACUAUCGGCCUCUUCUUAUUCGCGUGGACAGUCCGAAGUUCUAUCAACUGGGUUGUCCCAACUAUUGGCAUUGUCCUCUAUGCAGGGUCAUCGUUCGUUGUUUUCCAAACAGUCAUUUGCUACAUCCCACUGUCUUAUCCUACGUAUGUGGCAUCCCUGUUUGCCGCAAGCGACUUCACGCGUGGCAUAACAGCUGCCGGCUUUGUCAUGUUUUCGCGAUAUAUGUUUGUUCAUUUGGGUAUUGGGAAAGGUGUUACAGUUCUGGCUGGGUUGUCCGUACUCGGGAUCAUCGGAAUGGUUUUUCUCUGCCACUAUGGUGCCAACCUCCGAGCACGAAGCAAGUUUGCGGCAUCCUAG